AUGACGACGACGACGACGCUGACCGAGGAGCAGAAGCAGGCGGCCGCGUCGCCGCAUGUCAAGGACGAGGUCGGCCACGACGACGACGAUGGCGGCUCGAGCGACGAGAAGGACCACGAUGAGAACACGGCACCUGGCGACACGUGGAUGCUCUCGCCCGAGCACGUCAAGCACCCGUACCCGACGGACGAAGACAAGAAGAUGCUCUUGGAGAAGACCGGCAUCAACAUGAAGCAGCUCACCAACUGGUUCACGAACGCACGCAAGCGCAUCUGGAAGCCCAUGAUGCGCCGCGAGCACUCGCGCCAGCUGCAGUCGUCCUUCGCGCGCGAUGUCCAGAUGCGCGAAAGCGGUCCGCGCAUGCCACCCCCGCCCUUCGUGCACGAUCGCCCGACCGACGACAUGCGAGACGGGCACGCGCCGCUCCGCAUGGCGCACCACGGUGGUCACGCGCCCGACCACCCGUUCAGCCAUCCCAACGACCCGUACCAGGGGUACCCGCCGCCGACGGAGCACCGGAGCGUCGGGUGCCCGAGUACCCCCGCGUCGUUCUUCGAGCCGCGGUCGCACCGGUCCGUGUCCGAGUCGGUCGUCGAUCGGCUCCACCACCAUCCACAGCACCACCACCAACGUGUGCACCACCCGUAUGCGGCGCCGCACCACCCGAUUCCGUCGUCGUUUCUGCGCCUCCCGCCGCGCACCGAACGCAGUGCGAGCGAUGUGUCGCAGCAGAAGCUGUCGCCUCCGCUCAAGCGCGAGCUUGAGUCCAAGGACGACGACAGCAACGGCAAAGAAAAGCGGGCCCGGCGAAGCUCGCUCCUGCCGCCCCACGUCAUCCGCAUCCUCAAGGACUGGAUGCUGUCGCCCGAACAUCUCGAGCACCCGUACCCGACCGACGUCGAGAAGAAGGCGCUCUGCGACGAGACGGGCCUCGAUAUGUGCCAGCUCAACAAUUGGUUUGCCAACAACCGCAAGCGUCUCUGGAAGCCGACGAUGGCGAACCGGUCCAAGGAGCGUCUCCAGCUCUACUCGAACGAGAGCAUCCGCAGCAUCAUCUAUAACGGCAAAUCGGCAUCGACGGUCGCGGAUCUCCCGGCGCUCGUGCCGCCGCCGCGCUCGGCGCCGUGCUUGCCGUCGGACAUUUUAAACGCGUCGAACGACCGCGCACCCUUCGUGCUGCCCCCGCUCUCACGACCAGCCGCGUCCAACUCGGUCGGCCACGAAGACCACCUCCCGCCGCUGAUGUAA